AGUCGUCCGGGACCGCAAACCGGCGGAGGGUCUCUCCGAGGGCGGCGGCGAAGACACCGUUGAGUCCCUCGAACAUCGGGGCUCGGUCUGGGCGCGCCCUCCAGCGGUAUGUGACCCGGUGCACGGCGUCUGUAAGUGUCAGGUGAGGGCCGCUGAACGCCCUGCCCCGCCCUCCCCAGGCUGCGCGGAGGCUCUCCGACCCCGCAUUAUGAAGGCAGCCGAGUCUUUGAGAGCAGCUUCUCCGCUGGAAGGGGCUGGAGCGAGGGGGAGAAGCAGAGCCGCCUCUGUCGCUUUGCAUUGCCUCUAGGACGUGGAGGGCCCAGAGCCCCGCCGGGUCCUGAAUAGCACUCCACAUAACCUCGUCUCCGUACACAAUUAAUGCCCCAUUCCCUAACUCAGGUGAGAUAAGAGAGCGGUUGUCUGGGUAGCCACCUGCCCCUUUCAGCCAUGAAGGCAGAGACAGUGUCCUCGUUGCAAGAGACUCCAGCUGAGUCCAGCUGGAGCCUCAGUAACCUGCUGAGUAGCCGGAAGCUGAUGACUGUGGGGAUCGUGCUCGGCUGGCUCAUGGUCAUCCACUUUCUGGUCAAUGUGUGGCUUCUCUGCCUUCUGUCUGCAUUGCUAGCGGUGCUGGGAGGAUGGCUGGGCUCAAACGCCAUUGUGGGGGCUUCAGGUCGACUGCAUCUGGAACGCUUCAUCCCAGUGGCCACCUGUCCUCCAAACCCUGAGGCAGAGAGGCAAUUGGAACAGGAGAUCAACCGCACCAUCCAGAUGAUUAUUCGGGACUUUGUGUCUUCCUGGUAUCGCUCAGUGAGCCAGGAGCCAGCCUUUGAGGAAGAAAUGGAGGCCGCCAUGAGAGGCUUGGUCCAGGAGCUCCGGAGGAGGAUGGGCAUGGUGGACAGUCAUGCUCUUGUUCAGAGGGUUCUGACUCUGUGCGGUUGUCACCUGCAGAGCUAUAUUCAGGCAAAGGAGGCCACAGCUGAGAAGCAGAGUGGUACAGUCGAGCCCUCCCAGCUCUGGGAGGCUUACUGCCGAGCUACUGCCCCACAUCCUGCUGUACAGAGCCCCAGCACUGAGGUCACCUAUACACGUGGCAUUGUAAAUUUGUUACUGCAAGGACUCGUGCCAAAGCCCCACUUGGAGACCCGGACCGGGCGCCAUGUUGUGGUGGAACUCAUUACUUGCAAUGUAAUCUUACCACUAAUCAGCAAGCUUUCAGAUCCCGACUGGAUCCACCUUGUACUUGUGGGCAUCUUUUCCAAGGCCAGAAAUAAUCCUACAGGAGUGGUUAAACCAACCUCCCCAGCCAGUGCUCUGGAAAAGCCCUCAGUGCCCACAUCUCUGCCUCUGAUUGUUGAGGUACAGAGUCUGCCAGAAGUGAGAGCCCCGUCUCCAGCAGCAGCACCAGUGCUACUAAACUGUAGCGAGCCAGAGGGGCCUUCCCACCACUCGCCAGAAGUUGAAGAAGGCCAUGAAGCAAUAGAGGGAGAAUUGGGUGGAAUGCCAGAAGAAAGAAAAGUAGGAAACAACUCAUCUCAUUUCCUACAGCCAGAUAUUCGAGGCCCUUUGUUCUUAUGUGAAGAGCUGGAGUCUCCAUUGUCUGAACUGAGUAAAGAAACCAUCAUGCUCAUGACCCCAGGCAACUUCCUCUCUGACAGGAUCCAGGAUGCCCUGUGUGCCCUAGAGGGUCCCCAGUCUCUGGAGUCUAAGAAUGUUGAGGCAUCUGAAGGAAUCGAAGGAGCAGAGGCCGAGGAGGGUCCAGGAACAGAAACAGAGGCAGGCCUGCUGGUCUCCAUGCUGACUUCCUGCCCAGAGAUCCACAUUGACACAGCAGACAAGGAAGUAGAGCAAGGAGAUGUCACCUCUCUUACAGCUUUGCUGACAGAUCCGGAGAGGACCUGCCCCCGACGACCCUCAAGCUUAGAGAAGGAUCUCACCAAUGGCGUGAGCUCCUUAGAUCCUAGUCUCCCACAGGUUCUGCUGUCCUCCUCUCCAACCGGUCCUGUCAGCUCAGCCACCUUCAGCUUUGAGCCCCUGAGCAGUCCAGAUGGCCCAGUUGUUAUCCAGAACCUUCGUAUCACUGGUACCAUUACUGCUCGAGAGCACAGUGGCACUGGAUUCCACCCAUACACACUCUACACGGUGAAGUAUGAGACAGCUCUGGACGGUGAGAACAGCAGUGGCCUGCAGCAGCUGGCCUACCACACUGUGAAUCGCCGCUACCGCGAGUUCCUCAAUCUGCAGACACGUCUGGAGGAGAAAUCAGAUCUACGGAAGUUCAUCAAAAAUGUAAAGGGUCCUAAAAAGCUCUUUCCAGAUCUUCCAUUUGGAAACAUGGAUAGUGACAGAGUAGAAGCCCGUAAGAGCCUCCUGGAAUCCUUUCUAAAGCAACUCUGUGCCAUUCCAGAGAUCGCUAACAGUGAGGAGAUACAGGAGUUCCUUGCUCUGAACACAGAUGCUCGUAUUGCCUUUGUCAAGAAACCAUUCAUGGUGUCCAGAAUAGACAAGAUGGUGGUGAGUGCUAUCGUGGACACCUUGAAGACAGCAUUUCCUCGCUCUGAACCCCAGAGUCCCACAGAAGAGCUGAGUGAGGCCGAGACAGAAAGCAAGCCCCAGACAGAAGGCAAGAAGACUAGCAAGUCCAGGCUGAGGUUCUCAUCCAGUAAGAUUGCUCCAGCACUGAAUAUAACUGAAGCACCUGAGAAGAUUCUCUAUUGUUUCCAGGAAGGCAGUGUGGAGUCAGAGAUCCUAUCCAUGUCUGGGAUGGAGUCCUUUAUUGAAAAACAGACAAAGUUACUAGAAAUGCAGCCAGCAGAAGUCCCAGAAAAAGACCGUGAACAAAUCCCCAAAGGUUGUGUGGAUGGUUACUUGUCAGAUCCAGCCGUGCCAGCCCAAGACCUCAGCACCAGUGAUCCGGGAACAGAGACAGAGCUAGCUGACACAGCCCUGGAUCUGGUCCUCUUGCUGCUAAUGGAACAGUGGAGAUGGCUGUGUACAGAAAACAUGCAAAAAGUUCUUCGUCUUGUCUUUGGGACCCUAAUUCAGAGGUGGCUGGAGGUGCAAGUGGCUAAUCUAACAUGUCCACAACGCUGGGUGCAGUACCUCCGACUUCUUCAGGAGUCCAUCUGGCCUGGUGGGGUUUUGCCUAAGUAUCCACGGCCUGUAAGGACCCAGGAGCAGAAAGUGGCUGCUGAAAAACAGGCUUUGCAGAGCCUGAUGGGAAUCCUGCCAGAUAUUGUAGUAGAAAUCCUGGGGGUGAACAAAUGCCAGCUGAGCUGGAGUCUAGUCUUGGAGUCACUACAGCAACCCGUCAUCAACAGGCAUUUGAUUUACUGCCUUUGGGACAUCAUCCUGGAAUUCUUGGAUCUCAGUGCCUCUGUUGAGGAGUCUACCGUAACCACCUCUGCCUCAGAUACCCCAGGCAACCCCAGGAGAAUGGGUGUCUCCCCUUAGCCAUAGUGGGGAAUUGUUGAGGAAUCUUCCAGAGGAGUAUUUCUCAUCAAAAUUAACAGUUCCUGCUUACGGGACACAUGGUGGUAUAAAAGGUAAACAGCCUUUCUUAGUCCUGCCCCUUGGAUUUGACCCCUGUCUCCGUCACCUUCUGACCCUCCUUAAUUUCUUCGAGUCUGUUCCUACUCUUUCUUACAUAUAAGGUGGCUUCAGGAUCUAUAGAGUAUAAUGAGCUGAAGUGACAACAGCCUGACUGAAACCUAGCUCUGUCACUUAAUCAGCUGUGAAGAUGUGGUCAGGUAACUUAGCUUCACUGAGACUUAAAUUUCUCUCUCAGAAAAAGGGACAAAUACAACGAUUUUGAGAAAUGAAUUGUAAGAACAAGCUUUAUAAAACACAAGAGCUAUGCCAUAGAAACAUCAGUGGUAUUAUUAUCCUGCUGUCCUGCUGUCUGAGGGACAGUUGGAGAUGCCUUGCUUCACAUACCAUGGAGCCACACUGUCCUCUAGCAAGCCUCAGUUCCCCAGCCCUCUAAGAACCUGCUGUUUAUCUCGGUCUUCUUUACACUGGGGCAAUAUGUGUUUUCCCAGGAGGAGGAAAGGAAGGUUAGCCAACCCUGCUGGAUGCAAAUGGGAAUGGGAACCAACCAGGGGCAGGAGUGGUUAAUUGGGGAGGAAAGGAAACCAUGAUGCUUUUGUAGUUAAAGGCCCAACUGGGCAUGCUCUUCCAUCACUUGGCAUCUCCAUUUCCUUUCCACUGAGAGUGCCAGAAAUAACAGGGCAGUAGUUGCUUUCACUGCCUUUGUGGACAAGAGAAUGAAACCAUUGCAGGGGGAAUUUCUGCUAACAAACCCCUGCCAUUCUGUGGUGUAAAGGAUGAGAAAUGCUACACACAGCAGUGUUUCUCAGAAGAGAGCCAGUGAGGGGAGACUACCCCAAAUACUACUUCCAUAGCCUAAGACUUGUCCAGUAUUUAUUACACAAAGACAUCACUGGCCUGUUUAAAAAAGAAAGAAAAAAACAAAAAUGUGUCGAGCAAGUGAAAAUCAUCAUAGCUGUUUUCCUGUAGUGACCUAACAGCAACAGGGUUGGAAGCCAGGGCAAUGCUGAUUUGGCGGAGGAAAUGCGGGCACUGACAGCCACCUUGGCAGAUACACUGUGCUAUUCUCAGACUUGCCAAGCCUUCUUGCCGCCUCCCUACAUCUCUCACCUGUCUCUGGUCUGAGAAUGCACUUGAACUCUGCUUUCUUGGAAAUGAAAAGAAGCAUGCAGCUGUAUCCAGAGAACUCCUGUCUGAUGUCUGUUCCACAUGACAAAAUCUGUUUUCUCUCCACAUCUUGACUCUUCAAACCUUACCUAUAAGUGCUUCUGUAGAAGUAACUAGCACACUGUUUCUGGGAUGUGGAAGUUUGGGAAGGAAAAAAAUAAUAUCAGUAUCAGGAUCCAAACUUAGAACUAACAUUUCUUUAAGUGACAAUUAUCUACUCGUUUUAACUCAAAAUAGACCUCCUUGUUACCCGAAUUUGUUUAGGAACUGCAAGCUAAUUGUAGCAUUCGGGUGUUGUAAUGAUUAAGAAGGUAAGUCUGUGUCAGAUAUCUAAAUUCCUACUUUGGCUUUUUUUCCCCCCUUCCCCUUAUGUUCCGUAUGACUGUUGCAGCCUAUUAUUAUGAACAAUGGAGAGCUGUAGCUAUAAUUGUACUUUCAGACACUUGCAUUCAUCAAUGAGGGCAAAGGCCAACCAAGAUUAACCCACAAGUCUGUGAUUGCAAAGAAAGGCUUCUAGUCUGCAGAAGCUGUGACUUCUCUGUUCUGGGUUGCCUUGGAUUUAGGCAUCUUCAAGCUCAGGUGAUUGGCCCUUUUGCCUGUGCACCAUUGUUGGAGAAUCAUCCUGCCCCAGUAGCAUCAGAAAGAUUAGCAAAGAUUUAGCAAAAUGUCUGCAUUUCAUAUCUUGCCUUUAGGGAGGAUUGACCUUAUUAAGAAAAAAAAAAAAAAACUUAAAAAGUCCUUCUGGAGUUUACAUUCUUUACCAAUACUAACAUGGAGUCCAAAUUCAAACUAAUGGCAAGCCAGUUCCUUUCCAGCUUCCUGUACUUGUGGCAAAAGUUUGCCUCCUAUCAUCUGUAAACACAAAUGAUUCAAGAAUACUGAGGGUACCUUUCAUUAAGGCUUCAUAUGGCUCUGGGAGAGUCACGUGGGCUUGGUUGGCAAUAGGACUUCUGCUGGGAGAGAGAAUGUAUUAUGGAGAUGGUUUCGCAGAAGGUUGGAUGAGAUGGUUUCCCAGAAAUCUAGGGGCCUGCAUCCUGUUCUCUCCAGCUUCUGUGCUUUGGCCCCUGUUCUUUCAUCCAGCUGUGCACAGGUGGGCACCCUCUGUCAAGGCCAAUUCAAGUUUCACCUUCUCCAAGGAGCUUUAUCUGAUUGUGCCAAUCAAAAUUCUCUCUCCUUCUGAAUUACUUACACUUCUCAAUGUGAUCAAGGCCAAUGUGCAUUUUAUGGGGUCCUCAGUAAGAGAUGAAUUCUUCAAGGGCAAGAAACAUAUCCAUUUUAUUCCCAUUAUAUCCCUAUGCUUCAGCCUCCCCAUAGGUAGUGCAUAAUAGAUACAAAAUAAUAAAGACUGAGGCUUAUUUAACUAAAGAAGAUUAUGCUUGUAAUACUUUUAGAAGGUAAAAUAUGUUAAUAAAUUAAAGAGUUUACUGGGCACAGAGAUGUGAGAGAGGGACAAGGGGGAAGCACAUUUUCAUUUUUCUGACCUUAUAUCUUUAUUCAAUAGCAAAUAUAAAAUGAAAGAAGUUGGUUUUUAUAUUUCCCAUGCCAAAAUCCACACAGUUUUAUAACAGUACUGUUUGCAGUCUAUGUGGACCAUAAGGUGCUAAAACUGUAAGCUUUUUAAAGAAAAUUAGUCCUGAUUUGAAGAUAUUUUUAAAAUCCUCCAGUCACAAAAGUACAAAACAUACCCUGUCUACUUUCUAGUCCCCACCUUCACCUACUGGAUCAGAAAGCAAAACAAACAAUCACAGGAAAUAUUCUCAACUCUUUCCUGCCCCAGACACAAAUUUGUAAGAAAGCAAUUACCAUGAGGAGAACGAUUGGUUUGCUACCUGACUGCUCUAAAAUAAUCUUGGAAAUCCUUUGGUCCCAGAUUUAAAAUUCUUUACUUCAGACCUUUUCUAACAGCAUAUCUAAGCCAUGUCUAAGAUCCUACAAGGAAAACUCUUCAAAGACAAAGUAAUAACCUUGAAGAAAAGAAAGGAUAGCAUAAAUUCCUCCUCGUUCUUACAGGUGUUUGCUAUCUUCCCCACCACAUUUCCUGCUGCAACUAUUUGCCCAAACACAACAGAUCAAAACUAGGCAGCUGCCAUAGGAAUGAAAACUAACGAAUCUAAGACAUCUGGAUUAAUGGCAGGACAACGUGUUGGCCCUGAGGGGAUAAAAUCACCUGCUGUUUUGGGGGCCCCAGAAAGGGCCUCCAGGCCAUGAUUUGAAAGAGGGCAACAGGUAAAGGAGCACAGGAGGAAGAAGUUCAGUCUGAGAAUUAAAACAAUGAUGUAUUUCAUGAAAAGAAGGAAACUCUAGACAAUAUAGUGCUUGGGUCAUAUAUUAUCUUAGACUAGGUCUGCAUAAAAAGGAUCCCAUCUGCUAUGGAAUGAAGUCCAUUCUGGUGCCAGUUAACAUUUGCACAACACAUGAUGUGGAAUAGUCUCUGGAGCCAAGAUUGGUUCUGUAUCCACCCAGGGGCAGGUUGGUCACUCUCCAGUGUAAACCUCCUUGGGAUUAACCACUUAUUCCAGUGUUGUGCACUGCAUAAUUAAUACCAGAUCAGUUCCAGACAGCUUUGUACAUCCUGCAUAUGGAUGAAGACCCAAAAAAAAUUUUUGAUCUUUUGGAUGAGAUAGAGAAAGGUGUUGUUCUAAUGUUUGAAGCAGAAGUCAUCCCCAUGUACAGGGGUUUACCUUGCACAGAUGGGGGCUCGUGGGUGGCAUGUGACAUUUACCAGGAAGGAGCUUGUCUGGACAAGUAAGAGGGGUGAUAAGUGUGCAUGUGUGGAUACGGAAGUAACAUCUGAGGCAUUAAUGCUUGAAGAGCAGGGCUAUGUACCUCCUUUUAGCAAUCUGGAGAGGACUGAGGCAAGAGCUUGUGUUUCAGCAAGGUUUUGGAUAUGGAAGAAUGCCCACUGUUGGGGUGGAAUGACCUGAGUUAUAAGAUUAGAGUUUCUGUGGAUUUUUCCCAUGUAAUAGAAAUUUUUUUUCUUCUAGUUUCGUUCACAGCAGGCAGCAUUGGACCAAUAGUUUGCCUAAGCCUAUUUCUUCUCUAUAUUAUUUCUGAAACCCUUUUCUUAAACACUAAAGUAAAUAACAAGAAAAAACAAGAAAUCUUUUCAAAAAACUUCAUAUUUCUGUCAUUUCUCUUUAUUGUGUGUGCAGCUCCAAAGCUGCUUUUCCUCAUGUUUAAUUUUUUUUCCUGUGUCAGCUUACCAAUCUUCAUGGGUUUGACUUGGCUGCCCCACUAGUCCAGUUGUCUUUUUGAUAAAUUAACAUGGACAGCAACUUAAGGUUCCAUGGAAAUCUUAAACAUGAUAUUUCUUAUACUUGACUCACAGUCGAUAUUCUAGGAGGAAGAUUGCCCUACUGUCCCCUCCUGUGAAAUCAGAAUAACCACCAAUCCUUAAAUUAAACAUUUUGAUAAAUUCUUUCCAUGUC